AAUAUUGUUUCUCUCUUAUUGAGAAAUUAAAAAGUAUUAUGGAUGUGGGUACAGCUCUUCGAAAUACUUCAAAGGGGAAGCUCAAGUAUGAUCGAUAUUGGAUGGAAGAGGGUCGUACUCGAGAAAUUCUGGAUGAUAUUUCUGAAUAUUCAACAAAUGUGAAAAUCUCCGUCAGUCCUAAAAUUCUUGCUGUUAUUUGUUCAACAUCUUGCACAACUGAAAAAGCCGAUGACCGUGAAGUUGAUUCUCCCGAUGUGACAGCUCCCAAGAAAUUGGAUCCUACUGCUGACAUUGCAGAUGCUUAUUUCUUUGAAUUGCAGUCAGAAUUAGAAUUUCCAAUUUCAGAAUAUGAAAAAGAAAGGCGAAAAUAUAUACAGGAUAAACUCAAAUGUAAGCAGAAUGAGUUUGAAAUUCACUCUAAAGAGCUUCGGCAGCAAACUGAACAAGUGUAUCAAUUUUUUAAAAGGAAAAAUGAUCUUGACACAAAGAGAAGAGUUGGAGAAUUGGAGAAGUUUCAAGAAACAAUAAUGAAGGAAGUUAAAGAGCGAGAAUUACUCCAGAAGGAGCUUUAUCAAGACCAAGCAAAGAAACGAAGUGCAAAAGUUUAUGAAGCUGAAAUGAAACAAAAAAGAGCUGAAGAAGAAUUUAAAAAGAGAAAGCAAGAACAAGACGAACUAAGAGUCCAGUUAAACAACUGCCAAAAAGAAUCUGACAAUAUUGUCUUGAAAUCACUGGAAAAGAUCAACUCUUGUAUGCAUCCAUCUUACUUGAGAGUUUCUAUUCAAGAUCACACCAAUCAAAUAAAAGGAAUGUUCCAAAAUCUAAAUUCUUUUGUUGAAGAUAGAGAAAACAAGUUACUAACAAUUGACGACAUUUUAAAUGCCAAUCUUCUUGUUAAAAAAAUUUAUGAGUACCUUCAAAAUAUAAUUAUAGAUAUAGAUCAUGCCAAAGUUAAAGCUUUGCAAGAGCAGGAAGCACAGACUCAUUAUUAUGCUAAGACUGCUAAUGCCCUGCCUCAAGAAAGUUUCCCUGAUUCUUCAGUCACAUCAGCACCUUCAGCAGCAAAUGAAGAAGUGAAGAAAGCGAUCUCUGUAUUUAUUGCUCCCGAUGCUGUAGAAGAAUACCAUGAUGUUAUGGAACACUUCAAGCAUAUUGAUAAUAUGCUGAAACCAUUCAUUACUGAUUCUAGAAAUAAGAAAUAUAGGUUUGAACUACAAAAAUCUAUUAGUACUCCUAUUAAUGUUAUAACCCCAGAGUCUGGUUCACAUGUACGAGACAAAGUAAACCGUUUGCUGUCUAUACUGAAUGGCACAGUUGGAGAAAGGCAUGGGAAUGAAUCUAAAAAUGGAUCUGUGGCAUACAACUUCUGUGCUAAUUUAAUUGCAAAGCGAUUUGUGGAACAAGGAGAUAAACAAAUUUCAUCUCAACACACUUAUGCUUUUCCAUUUGCAAUAGCUGCUAUUGGGGUUUGGAUGAAGAAACCAGAAGUUGGAAAAUUAAUUUUAGGUCAUUUUUAUACAAAUUGUCCGUAUCUAGUUCCUUAUUAUCCUCCAAAACAGGAAGGCCAAUCAGAUCAAGAAUACUAUGAAUCUUUAGGUUACCAUUAUGACAGCCAAGGUGUGAUAGAAAAACAUAGUAAUUUUCUCCUCCGUAUUGGUGGAUACGUUCGACUUUAUGCUGCAAUUAUAGUGUCACCUUUGCCCCCGAACUCUGAAAACACUCACCCCCAUGGGUUAUCCUGGGGAUGGAAAUGGCUGUCACGCAUUUUAAACAUGGAGCCUAGGCCCGAUGUCACAGCAACAAUUUUAUAUCAUUUUCUGGAUGUCACUGGCCAUGCAUUGCAAAAGGAGUAUGGGAAACAGUUUAAGAAGAUUUUACAUAUUCUUUGUAAAGAUUAUUUUGCCAAGUUAAAGAAAGUAGGAUCUAGUGGACCUGUCCAAAAACUUGAAAAUUUCUUGCAACAGACUGUUAAAAAAGGUUAUAUUUCACCACCUGAAGGUCUUUUGGAACCUGGAUUUUGGAACAGAUAGUCG